GAGGAAGUGGAGUUCUCUUAAGUGGUAAAGUUAGUUUGUCGGAAUAUCCGGAACAGAAGCAGUGCUCUUGUUUAACAAGUAACGUUUUUGCCGUGAUGGGUACCACAGCUACUAAAUUACCGAAGGAUCAGUUAUCGGAGUAUCAGGAGCUCACCUUCCUCACUAAGCAAGAAAUUCUGCUGGCACAUAAGAGAUUCACUGAACUCCUGAACAGAGAUGACAGGCAACAACUCCAUUCCCGGGUACCGAUGAGUAAAAUUUGUACUUUGCCGGAGCUCAAGUCCAAUCCCUUUCAAAAAAGGAUCUGCCAGGUUUUCUCCACCUCAGAGAUUAAGGAUGGGAGCUUAAGCUUUGAAGACUUCUUGGAUCUCUUGAGCGCCUUCAGCGAUUCAGCAACACUUGAAAUCAAAUCACACUAUGCUUUCAGAAUUUUUGAUUUUGAUGAUGAUGGGACACUUGAUUAUGGAGAUCUCGAGAAGUUGGUGAACUGUCUGACUGGGGAGUCUGCAGACACACAACUCACAUCUGAGGAAAUGAGUCAGCUCAUACGCAAUAUUCUUGAGGAAUCAGACAUUGAUAAAGAUGGGACUGUAAACCUCUCUGAAUUUCAGCAUGUUAUCUCCAGGUCUCCAGAUUUUGUUAGUUCAUUCAAGAUUGUGCUGUGAAGAUUACGGCGAACCAAACGUCCAGCUCAUUUUCAACAUGUGUGCACUUUGCCCUUCACCCAACAGUACUCAUGUAACAUGUUAACUGUGGUGGUUGGUUUUUUUCCUCCAUAUCUGUAUUUUAACUACCUUUGCCAUUGUAAAGAUUUUCACUUUCUUUAUACAACUCUCACUUGUUUGUUUGUACAUGUAUAUUUGAUAAACGCUUGUACUUUUCCCUUACGUCUGUGUUGCUGAGAGGUAAAUAAAAGUGGCAGGAGACACA